AUGGUGGCGACGCCAGGUCGUCUGAUUGACUUUGUUGAGCAAAAAGAAGUUUGGCUCGACCAGAUUGAGUUUUUGGUGAUUGAUGAAGCCGAUCGCUUAUUGGAUAUGGGCUUUAUUCCUUCAGUCAAACGUAUUGUUCGUUUCUCACCGCGUAAGGAACAACGUCAGACUUUGAUGUUCUCUGCAACGUUUAGUUACGAUGUUUUAAACCUUGCACAGCAAUGGUUGUUUGAACCUGUAACUGUUGAAAUUGAGCCAGAAAAGAAAACCAAUGCCGAUGUUGAGCAACGUGUGUACAUGGUCGCAAAAUCUGAUAAAUAUAAAUUGCUACAAGACAUUCUACGCGAUGAGCCCAUUGAAAAAGUUAUGAUUUUCGCCAAUCGUCGUGAUCAAGUGCGUAAGCUGUAUGACAACUUAAAGCGUGAUGGCUAUAAAGUAGUGAUGUUGUCA